GCAUUUAAGUACCACACACACUAGCUGUUUGUGGUCAAAAAGCGAUCUGGCAAAUUCUUGGAGGGAAAGGGGCAGUAGAAGCUAGUGGGCACAGGAGUCAGCUGGUACAGCCUCUGACUUUACUUUCUAGACCUUAAAUGCCAGAGGCUGCAAGUGGGAGAGGAACAGCGGGGGGGGGACCCUUGUCAUACACAGUUCACCAUCCUUUUCAAUAUUUGCUUUCCAUCAUUGUGUGACACACGUCUAUUUGUUACACCACGAGGGGAGCAUGGGCCCAUCAAAUAAAACUAAAAGCCUUUCUUACUGUGUGAUGCAGGAGACUAGGCAAGGCAGACCCAUGGUCUGACCCCAUAACUGGCAAUUCUUAUGUUCCAUGGCAAGAGGAAACAGGUGCAAACAGCUGUAAUACUUCUCUCUCCCCUCCCCUGCCCUCCUUUCAGGCUAUGUGGAAUGGAAACUCAAGCCACCUGCAGCCCCAGCUCUAGUCCUGGAUAAGGGCCAGCGGAGGUAUGCUUUGGGAGAACUUCCUUGUAAUUCAAUACACUUUACAGCUGAGGCCUAAUUACACCAAAAAGAUGGUGUUUAUGCCCUACAACUGUCUCUGGGAAUGCAUUUGUAUCAGAGGAGAUUGGAUUAUGCAGGUCCUAUAGCACAUUGUAAGAGAACCAUUUUCCCUUCCACAAAUUGUUCAGUACUUUAUGAAGAACAUGGUAAUCCGGGCAUCUCUCAGGAACUGGUUUCAGUUAUUUUAUGUCCACAAGUUUCCUGCAGCUGGCUUCAGAACUACAGCAGAUGGAGCGAUCAUUCUACAGUCUGUUUCUAAUGACAUUUACCAAAAUCUGGCAGUGGAAGACUGGAUUCAUGAUAACAUGAACUUGGAGAACAGGCAGGUUCUGUUUCUCUGGAGGAAUUCACCUACUGUGGUGAUUGGGAGACACCAGAAUCCCUGGCAGGAGUGUAACCUCAAGAUGAUGAGGCAGAAGAAUAUAAAACUUGCCAGAAGAAGAAGUGGGGGAGGAACAGUGUACCAUGAUCUAGGUAAUAUCAAUUUGACUUUCUUCACAUCCAAGAGAAAAUAUGAGAGAAUGGAAAAUCUAAAACUGGUUGUUAAGGCUCUCAAAUGCCUGAGACCACAGUUAGAUGUACAUGCUACUGAUAGGUGUGACCUCUUGCUGAACAGGAAUUUUAAAAUUUCAGGGACUGCUGCCAAGCUAGGAAGAACUGCUUAUCACCACUGCACCUUACUCUGCAGUGCAGAUAGAUUUCUUUUAUCUUCUGUGCUAAAGAGCCCUUACAAAGGUAUAAAAAGUAAUGCCACUCCUAGUGUGCCUGCCUCAGUGAAAAAUCUCUUUGAAGAGGAUCCCACAUUAACUUGCCAGAUAGUUAUGGAUGCCAUUGCUGCAGAAUAUGCCAUCUGUCAUCAAAUUGAUCACCGUGUCACCCUCAUAAAUCCAACUGAUGAGACUGUGUUCCCUGGAAUUAAUAAUAAAACAAAAGAACUACAAAGCUGGGAGUGGAUAUAUGGCAAGACACCAAAGUUUAGUAUUAGCACCUGCUUUAACAUGGUGUAUAAACAUUCUUUCCUUGAAGUUAAAGUAGAUAUGGAUAUAAAGCAUGGAAGAAUUGAAGUUUGUAAUAUUAACUUGCCAGAAGAAUGGCUGCCACCCGCACUGUGUGGUGAACUAGAAAAGAACCUAAUUGGCAGUAAGUUUUGCCCGAGUGAAAUGACUGCAUUAGCAAGUGCUCUGCUAAGAUCAUGUCCACAAGACUAUGAGGUGCACAGGAGGUGGAAUCUGUUAUGUGAGAACAUGACAACAACACUCAUGUGAUUUUCAUAAUGAAAAUGCAAGCUAUUUUUGCUGCUGAUUCUGGGUGAUUAAGCAUGUGAAAAAUAAGCUGUAUUUUCACUAGUUUGGAAGUUUAUCUUCUAGCACUAAGCUUGUAUUGAAGUAAUUGUAUCUUUACUUCUUCAUUGUUCCGUUGAAAUCUUGGAGUCCAGUUCAAGGCUGAUUACUCCCUCAUUAAAUGGUUCUUAAAACUAAAUUGCUACACUACACUAAUUUCCAUUACUAAAGGUCUGGUAUCUAUUUAGGGACUCAAGACCAUGAAGAAAGUAUUUUUAAGCAGGUCAGUAUUAUAAGACUUCAGAGAAAGUGACUUGGAAAACUAUAUUGGACUUGGACAGAAUGACAAUUUUCAUUUAAAAAAAGACUUCUAAAGCCACUAUUAUAUCUUAUGAAGUAGUAUUGUGAGAGCAAGCCCCAAGAUUUAUUUCAGAGUAAUUUCUGAUCACUUGAAAUGCAUAGAGUAUUCCACGUUGUCUGCCUUUUAGUUCUAAACAAGAAAUUUUGCAUACCAAUAAAUAGGCCACAAAACUGUGACCAGCUCAGAUGUACUGCAGAAUUGGUUUUAAGUCCUGUUUAUGAUCAGCUCAGACAGCAAGAAAACCACUAUGUGGUGGAAAGCGACUGAACCUCAGUUAAGGAAACCAAAUAGGUUUAAAUCCUGUCCUAUAUUUGAAGGAUAUCUGCCUCAAAACUGGACUACACACUUAGGCAGCCUGAUCAAAUAUGGCAUAUUGAUUUUAGUUAUUUUCCUUUUUACAGGUAUAUGAUACACAUAUUUCUGUUAAUACUGAAAGAGGGAUUCACAGAAUCGGACAGCCCCUUUAAAGGCUUAUUUAAAGGAAACUGUAUCACCACUACCAGUUAGAACCUCACAGAAAAUUUUGCACAAAUAUUUUAUUGACUUUUGCCUCCCUCUAAAACAGGGCAGGGAACUCUAAAAAAAAAAA